AUGAAGCCAGAUUCCAAACUGCGUGGCCCAGGCUACAUCAUCUUGAACGUCCUUCGAGUACUCAAUAUAAUCUCCCUCAUCACAGUUGUGAUAGCAAGUUGGGUUAUGCUCGUCAGAACCGUUCAGACCUCAAAUUUCUUCUUCUUUGAUGGGGUAUCCCACUUCAUCACCAGUACGAUAGGAAUUUUCCUCAUCGUCUCCGAGCUCAACCUCUUCAAAUCGUACUAUGCGCGCAACUGGCCACUGCUCUCCAUUAAUUCCGGCUUUGUCUUUCUUGGAAUGGCUAUGAUCGUCCUGGGCUUCAAUAUUCUGGGCAAUUUGAACAAAAGUGCUACGAGCGUUCAGAGCUUAGGAUUACCAUUGUGGCGCAUCGUCAUCGCUUCAGGUAUCCUAUCAUCCCUGAUGGGUCUGUUCAAUAUCAUUGCCACCUUCGUAUUCUGUGACUCCAAACAAGGAAUCACUGGUCGCCAAGUCCGAAGUCACGGUGCAGCAAUACCCACAGAACCACGCACCAAGACCUUCAGUUUGUCCAGCGGCUCCCGUCGUGCAGCAUCCCCUGUGCUCCCUACAUACAACAGCACUAGCGAGGAGCGACGAAAGUCGAGAUUUGGCCUGAAGUUUCCUAUCCGGCUGUCGCAUAUCUCUAAGCCAGUUUCAAAUGACCCAGAGCAGUUUCAGAAGUGGGAAUCGAGAAGCUCGCCAGUUGUGCCAGAUAUCCAACGCCCACCAACUGCUUUACACCCAUAUCACAACGCAGGCACGAUAGCGCAUGAAUAUCCAGCGUCAUCAAGAUACAGCGAAGUGAGCAACUUAACGCGGUUUUAGAAAACUGGAAUCUGUGUAGAGCAAGUGAGCAUGAUACUGCGUUUAGAGGUUUCAUUUUAAAUACCCCCUCCUUACGAAGCAUGUCGGACGGUUAAGGAGUUCAGGCACACGGAUGGCGUUCAGGCACGAGGAUGGGUUCAGGUGAAUGGAAAGCAUAGCUUUUUUUUUUUUGUCUAUAGCACCGCAAUGAGAAUCGG